AUUGCUUCAUAGGAAAACAAGUUGGAUCACCAUUUUGUUUUAGUUCGAAGAGAUUUAACAGUUUUAAUUUUUAAUUGCAGAAAACAUUAGAACAGUAGAACUAAAAUGCUCCUUUUUCUAUUUCUUAUUUAAGGUUGAAAUGAUAUAGAAAGAUGAGCCUCAACGCGAUAUGUUACGCGCUGCUAUUGGCGGUGUUCUCCUACCGGACCGUCAGCGGCCAGUUCACCAGCCUUGCAGCUGAUCUAACACCACCAUCACCACUGCAGCAGCACCACCAACAAAAUACACUAGCGCAGCAAAGUCCUCUCCAUGUGCCAUCCCAAAAUUUUCCCCAAUCACCACUAUCCAUCCCAGCCCAGAUUCCAUCCUUCCCAAGCCUGUCAUCCCCAUCAGCUCCAAACAACCUGCUGAGUUCCAAUUUCCCAACUACCCAUCAAUUCCCUGUCCAACAGUUCCCAACCAAACCACCUCCUCAACUUCCUCCAGCGCUGCAAUCACAGCUUCCAGUUCAGCUUGCGCCUCACCUGCAACAACAGAUUCCGUUCCAGCUACAGCCUCAGUUCAACGUCAACUUGCCACCUGCGCUACAACCGAAUCAGCAAUCCCAUCUACUUCCACCACAGUUACCUGCGCAACUACCCAGUCAGUACCCUCCAAUCCCUGCUAAUACCAACUUUCCAAGACCAAUACCAACGUCAAAGUUUCCACCGCUAACUUCUUCGAAAAAUAUCUCUAAUGAAGUUACACGAGGUCCAAAAACACUGCAAAUGAUUGGCUCCAACAACCCUUUCAUGCUGCACAAAAUAUCGGACAACCUACGACCCGGAAGCACCACUUGGUACUACAGAAAGAACAACAAGCUAAUGAAGAACACUCCACCGUCAAAGUCCAGCUUUCCACCUCCAGCUUCACCGCUACAAACGAGUCCGAACGCACUCCAACAGUAUCACCAGCUGUCACAAUUUGCAUCGCUGAGCCCUCCUAGCACAACUUACAACUUCAACAAUCCAAGUACCUCAUUUACUAGUCCGACUACUUCAUUCAACAGUCCGAGUUCUUCGUUCGCCAGUACUUCAUUCAGCAGUCCAAGUACCUCAUUAAACAGCCCGAGUACUUCGUUUGCCAGUACUUCAUUCAACAGUCCAAGUACUUCAUUCAGCAGUUCUUCAUUGAAUAGCCCGAGUACUUCAUUCAACAGUCCGACUUCUACAUUCAAUCAACAAACUACAUCAUUCAACAUCCCAAGUUCUACAUUCAACCAACCCAGUUCCUCAUUAAACCAGCAAAGUCAAACCUUGAACCCGUUGAGUCAAUUUAAUCAACUCACACAACUCCAUUCAACAAAUCAACAGAAUCAACAAAAUCAGCUCUCAAGCAGUUCUCUGAAUAUACCUCUGAAUACGAAUUACAAUCAACUUAACCAUGUGAACCAGCAACCAAGUAUACUGAACCAAGUCAGCAGCAACUCCGACUCGCUUAGACAAUUACAGCUGGCAAACCUUUUGAACCAGCUGAACCAAUCGAACCCACCACCCUUUCUCCAGAAUCAGGGAUACUCGGGCAACGUAAAACCAAUCACCAAUCCACUGAUUCCACAGGAAAUCUUCAACAGCCCAGAAUUCCACAUACAACCAAUCAGUAUCCCCUCUCCGGAUUCCCCGCACUUUGAAACGGUCCGCAAUCAGGUGAGCUUCCUCAAAGCCAAACACAAACAAUUCUUCGACCAGCAAGGUCCCAAACAGCAGAAGCCGUCGUUCAACAACUUCGGACAACACCAUCAGCAGCAGCACCAGCAACAGCAUCAGUCCCAACAUCCGCCAAAACUCUACUUUGACCAGUUUAACCAACCGGAAAAGACAUGGCUCGAGCAACUUCAGCAGUUGUCAAAUUCUCUCUUUGACCAGCCUCAGUCCCCGCCGGUCCAUCAUCAUCUCCACAUUCAGGCGCCACAACCCUUCCAACCCAAGCCGCAGGCUCAACCGCUGGUACAAUCGCAACAGAACCCACCCCAGCAACCUGCUCCCGUGUACGGUCCACCAAAGCCCCCAAAACCCCUGAAACACGUCUUCGAGAUAAACCAAACCACUCAGAAACCGAACAUCAACCAGAUUCAGCUGACCACCAGGAAACCGCCGCAUCCAGUCCAGCAACCACAAAGCAGUCUACUGCCAGCUUCCUGGAACACCGGACACCGUGCACCGGUCAUAGACUACGACCAGUACAGUUCCCCGAAGAAGGUACUCCCAGUUCAGAACGACUUUGUCGGCUUCCCACCGGCGAAAGGAUCGAUCAAGAACGAGCUGAACUUUAUCAGCACGUGGGAAAAGGCGAUCGGAAUCAUCCACAAGAACGACCACGAUUCGGAGAAGGGACACACGAUUCUCUCCUCGGGCGAUACCGACGACUUCAAGAAGAUUGACAAUGGUCACAAUUCCACCCAGAAUGAGGAAGAGUCCAGCAAUGUUGAGGUGAUUAGCGGCGAUAAGUCACACUUCCAACCUGAGGUUAAGGAGGAGAAGCCACAGAAAAAGAAGAAGGCUCACGGGAAGAAGCGGCCGAUGAAGAAACACCGUGAAAUGGAAGAAACAUCUGAGGGUACGAACAGCGUGGAAGGGGAGGAGAACAAAUCGGCGGAACCGAGUUUGGCGGAAAGUGAAGCCCAGCAGUACAGGUCGAGAAGGAAGCGAGAUCUAUCGGCGGUUGAGGUGAGUCCGGAGAACGCCAACACCGCUGCACCGCUGAUAAUCGUUGCGGAGGAUACGCCGGAACCGUUGGUAGCACCGGAAACGGAACAACCAGUUACCGAGGUCGUGAGUCAAGCAACGGAGAAACCAACGAACGAACGAUCGGUGGGAACAUCGGUAGAUGAUUCGUUAGCUUUGGACGAUUCUUCCGAGGUAGAGUGGAUCUCGGGAGAGGAAGUGGAUGACGAAGAAUUACCGCACGCGGAAGCGUUGGUGUUUGACGAUUACGAUGGUAGCUAUCUGGAUUAUGAAGCGUACGCGCCGAGUGAGUUCCAGGCUCGUUCGGACAACUUUAUCUUCGAGGAGCUUGAUGGAACUACACAGCUGCCUCAUGCACUGCCGUUCAUCGCCGAACAAGUUGGGAACGUUACGAUUGUGAUUCAGCCAGAAGCUUUGGUUGAUCCCAGGAGUCUACACGGAAGGGAGUUGAUGCUGUUUUUGGAGGAGGCGAUUCGGAACUCCUCCCGGUUUCUUCCGGAUGAGGCCGAGGAUCGUAGCUUUGAUGUUGUGGAACCACCGACGGAUGUGAUCAAGUUUCCGUACUAUGAUCGCACGGAGGAACCGAUCAACGUAGAUUCCGCGCUGCGGUUUGCUGAAAAUCUGACUACCUUCUCGAAAGGGUUGUAUAAAUCGAAGAGCGCGAACCUGUGCAACGAGGUGGAUAUCGAACUGGAUGAGGAACCCGCUGAAUCAGGUCCGGAUGGGUUUAAACCGGUUCGAAGGCUGAAACGAUUGGGAGAAAAGAUUGACUGCUUGAAGAAUAAGAAUUUUGGUAAGGAACCACUGGAUAAUCCGCUGUUCAAGGAGGAGUUUGUAGGCGUUGCACGUUCCGCUCCGGAUGGGCUUCCUACUCCGCAACCACAGCCGGAUCCUUCCGUGGCUGUAUUCAGUGAUGUGAUCCGCUUGAUCAAGCAACAUUUGACCGAGGAGCACAAACAGCACACUCGAGAUGUUUCCCAGGUCCUAGCACCGAGACAGCUGAACUUGUCCGAUGUAAAGACCACCUCACCGAACAAUGCCGUACUGGAGCAGCUUCGACUGGGCAAGAGAAGGAUUCUACCAAAACCAACCAAGACCGUCGAGGAGGUUAAACAUGAAGUGAAUCAAACUGCGCCCAGCGAACAGCAUCCGCUGCGGAUAGUGUUUCCCAGAAGGCUGAACUUUACGAAAACUUACGAGGAAGCGAAGAAGGUUUCGUUGGCGAAGCUGACACAAACCAAACUGGCAGAGCAGGAAAAGACGAAGCAAAAGCUGAACGAAACACGGACAGAUCAUAACAUUUACAAGGCGUCACUGGCCCGGAAGCUGAACUUUGACAAGAUAGAAAAGCUGAAGACGCCAAAGAGUCAGCGGCGAGACUCGAAUGUAGAGCAGCUGUAUGAUUCAACGCCGAAACUGGUGAGCUACCAUCCAAGGUCUAAUAUAUUUGACAUCUCCACGUACUAUCCCAAACAAACGUACGAUGAGCUGUACAGCUUUCCGAGUGUAGACGGCAAGGAGAAGGGAUUUGCAUCUAAAAACUUCAGAACUUUGGAGCGAGAAGCGGAUGAGUUGUUGGAAAGCGUCAGGAGGGAUCGGGACAAGGCUGAAAAAAGGAUUGUCAAUACGGGUCGAUCCAACCGGGAACACCAGGAUUACACUCAGGACAGACCGUACGGCACCAGCUAUUCCCCACUUUACAAAGAGUUCCAGGCGCUAUCAACUUUGAAGAAGGCACGACAUGUUGAUGAUCAAAAGAAGCCACCCUCGCUGAAUCAGCUGAUCAAUUUCUACUCACAGCAAAGCGACAGCUUCAGCAGCAACCAGCGUUCGUACACAGUCCCAAAGGCGCAUGGCAAGUUACCAAUCUUCGACGUGUCGACCUUUUACCCUCGCUACUCAACUCGGGUACAUGACGAAUCCCAGGAACUGCAUGAUUUGGUUACGAAACGAAGAGAUUCCAAGAUUAAUCUGGAAGAUUUGGAAGCUCUGCAAGCACCACCCAAAGAAACUUUUCAAAGCGCGCGACAACUGGACAAGAAGGCCAAGAACGUGACACCGGCACCACCUCGGGACGACAUUGCGGACUUUUUCGAGGAACCGCUAGCUCAGCCGACCAGUUCGACGCCGUCGAUUGUCCCCAAAGAAGAGCAUCACACGUUCAAGAAGGCCGAACCCUCGCUUCCGGAUGAUCUGCCAAAGACGGACAAGGCCGCGUUGGACCAAACCAUUGCCCAAGCUUCCGUGAAAAAAGCCCUCGCCGAUCCGCCCAAAUCCGCCGGUCGCCGGAAACACCUCAAACGCAAACCAAAGAUCCUGAAGCGACCCCUCAUCAAGUACCGUCGGAAGAAGAAACUGCUCAAGUACUACCACUAGACGAAAGCCGCGGGCAAAGUGAGCAGCCACGAGUCAUCCCUUCUAACCUCCUAAACCUCUUCCUAAUUUAUUUAUUGAAUCUUUCCGUACUUCCGAAGGAAGACCGCGCUCAA